CAUGAGAGCAGAUCAUUCGUCAUUUGUAGACCUGACCGAUUGGAUAAUACGUUUAUUGGAUUGAUUAUUUGAUUGCGCCGACUGUGAUAAAAUGAAUGUCUGGCAUUCGAUUAAAUAAAGUUGCCUUUGCUGUCUUGUUUUGACAAGGAUUAAUCACGGGUUGUCAAUAUAUAAACGAAUUUUUUUAACUGCAACAAGCAUGAAUAGAACAAAUCAAACAACGAACAGUUCUUUUAAUAACACUGUUGACGCACCAUUCGACAUAGAUGUUUGUUCGUAUUACAUAAUGUUUCAUAGCGAUUUAACACAGACACCUGCGAACGGGAUCAUUUUGAUAAUUCUGUACAUCAUGGUCGCCGUGCUGGCGUUGCUAGGUAACCUGCUCGUGAUCUGGACAGUGUGGAUCAACUCGCACAUGCACACGGUGACCAACUACUACAUCGUAAACCUUGCUGUCUCUGACCUGCUGGUGGCGGCCAUCGUGAUGCCUCUCAAGCUGCUCGAGUACACCGCCCCCUGCCGGUGGCACAUAUUCCGCAGUGACGGACUGUGCUCCGUCGUCUACUAUCUGCUUCCGGUGUUCGUGUUCGCCAGCGUCCUCACACUCGCCGCCAUCUCCAUCGAAAGGUACUAUGCAAUUGUACAUCCACUUUCUGCAAUGAAGGUCAACAGUAAAUCGAGGACUAAGAAAAUACUUGCCGUAACAUGGAUCCUACCAUUUAUAGUAGCCGGUCCAUUUAUGUUUAGCACAAGUUACCCAUUUACCAUUUACAGCGAUACCGGCUCAAUAUCCAGAGAAACAUGCAAUGACCGCUUCGACGAAAUAGAUCUGGCAAUACACGGAGAUACAACAAGGAUUGGUGAAUUUCGUAAAUUUUAUUUUUUGUUUCUAUUCUUUGCGAUCUACAUCGUGCCCAGUGCGGUAAUAAUGAUUACGUGUGUCAAAAUCGCUGUAAGUCUUGUGAAUCCAAUAAUGGGCGAUGAUUCUUUUGACAUUCGGAAAGACGCCAAUAGAAGACAGGAAGAAAAUAAAAGAAAGGUCGCCAGGAUGGUGAUUGUGAUCGCUUUAACGUUCAUCGUUUCCUGGACACCGUUCUAUCUGGUGAGCGUCAUCAGUCAGCUGCAAACACACAGCUUCCUACGCGAGUCCAAUUUUAUAUUCACCAUGCUCGUAACUCACUUUUGCGGCUUUACAAACAGCUGCCUGAAUCCAAUAAUUUACACUGCAAUGAGCCAGAAAUUCAGAAGGAGUUUCAAAAACAUUUUAAGAAGAUUAUGGUCCUUUUGUCCUUUUGUGCCAUCGGGAAAUAGGCAAUCUCGUUACGAGUCGUCUAUGGGUUACACGUCGACGAUUCGCCAGUCCGCUCCGGAUACUGGGAAGUCCCUGUCGUUAUCAAGUAACGUAAGUCGACAAAACGCUUGCAACAGCAGCGCGACGGACUCGGAGCUGCGUGACCUUACUACAGAUGAGCAGGAUCUGGUUCGGACGUACACAUUCAGGAGCCCUUCAUCGGGUUUUCCCAUUAAAGGCAAACAAUUCAGCCAUAAAAACCGAAAAAAUUAAAUGAAUAUAUGUGUUUCAUGUGUUUCACAGGAGCACAGACAGUUUACAGAAAUAAUAUAAAACUGUAUAUUUUGUUUGACAAAUAAACCAAGCAUUAUGUAUUCUUUAAUCGAUAAAUAGUGUACUUCUUCAUACUGAAAUGUUGUAUAAAUAAUGUCAUCCAUAUUUAUUUGAAUCAAACAACUCCAAUAUGUACGACUUUUAUAUUAAUUCGGGUUCAAUUAAUGUAUUAAAAAGUUGCUUUCUAAUAUAACAACAUAAAAUUGUAUGUAAUAAAAAAAACAAAUAUAACAUUACUGCCCUAGUCAAAUAACUACCGUUAAAGGGGCCUUUUCCACGUUUUGGUAAAUUGACACAAUUACAAAUAAAUGUUUCAGAUUGGCACAUUUCCUUUUCUUGUUUCUUUAAUUUUAUUAUUUUUUUACUGAAGCUUUUUAGAUCCAAUGUUUACAUUUAUCAAUAUAAAGCAUUUAAUGACAAACUUCAAUACAUGCCAAUUACUGUGAAAAGGCCCCUGUUAACCCUGUUAGCAAAACAGUACAUGUAUUUACACCUGGUAUUGUUUAUGUCGAGACAUUUUUCUAGUUUUGCAUUGUUGUCCAGUUUAUCAACGAGGCAAGAUAUACUUAAAUAUAACUGUGUCGGAAUGUUCUUAUGUUGAAAAUAGGUUCAAACAAAUGUGAUGUAUGUCAUUGAACGAUUUAUAUACAUACAAUAUUAGUGAUGUGAAUCUAUUUAUGGUAGAAUGUAAGAAAGGCGGCAGCGUUGUGAGGUCAAGAAAUAUUAUUUAAAAUGAGACGCGUUCUGAGAAAGCGGGUCGAAAUGCAUGUUCGUAAAGUGUCGUCCCAGAUUAGCCUGUGCAGUCUGCACAUGCUUAUCAGGGAAUACACUUUCCGCUGUUAUGAUAUUUUUCGUUUAAAGGAAGUCUCUUUUACACGAAAAUCCAGUUAAAGCGGAAAGUGUCGUCCCUGUAAAGCCUGUGUGGACUGCACAGGCUAGUCUGGGACGACACUUUACGCACAUGCAUUAAGCCCAGUUUUCUCAUAACGCGGCUCAAAUUAUCUAAUAAUUUUGUUAAACGAAACAACAAAGAGCCGUGUACACAAUAUUCAAAAACGACAUACAUUUUGGAUAUAAUUGAUAAUUACAAAUUUGACUAUGAUUCAGCUAUAAAAUGCGUACAAAUAUAUGUUAUACAGUGUGUUAUUAUACUUAAGCACGUAUUAUGAAUUAAAUUUACUUAAAGUAAUCUUACUUCUAUUUAAUCUUCUGUAGUGUGAUUGUUUUUGCUUCGCCCAUGAAAACGACGAACUACUUAA